CUUUUCCCUUUAUCAUUUGUGUAAAAGUCUACGUUGUGGUGUUUUUUUUUUUGACUUUAUACUCCAUCUUUGUAUAUAAAUAUAUUAUACCAAACCAUAUACGUUGAAGAAAUAUUCAUAACUAUGUUUUUUCAACAACAACAACAACAGCCUCCACAAUAUUUGGAUUCCACUUCUUUUGACCAUCAUCUCCUUGGUGCUUUACCUCCUUCUAAUGGUAACAAUAUACAACAACAACAACAACAACAACAACAACAACAACAAAAUCAACAUUAUUUUCGUUCUGUGAAUGAGCCUGUCGCACACAAUUCUUGGAUGGUUUCAACGGCAUAUAAUCAAUAUUACCACAAUGAUCCAGCUGCUUUCGCAUAUUUUCAACAAGAACUAUUAUCACCUAGACUUCAAGCAGCCAUGUUAAAACAACAACAUCAUCCACAGUUACAACAUUCAGGAACAUCAUUACCAAGGCGAGGAAAUCAAGAAAUAUUACUUGAACAACCAUUAUCUUAUCAACGUCAACCUCCUCCACAACCGCAACAACCACCACCACCACCACCACAACAACAACAACAAUAUCUUCCUUCCAUUAUGGUUCCUCCCCAGUCACCCACUUUAGCAACUUAUUAUUUUGAAGGAUCCGAUGGUUGGGUAAAUCAUUAUUAUGAUCCUAAUCGACAAUACCUUUCACCAAGAGCACAAGCAGAUCUACAGUUAUAUCAAUCAGCGCCUUCUCUACAACUAGAUGGUCAACGAUAUACUCAAGACUUACAUUCUAUGGGUACUUUUAGACAACAACAACAACAACAAAUGGUACAACAGUAUAGUACCCAACAACAACAACAACAACAACAACAUCCUUUGCAUCAAACCCCACCUCAUCAGCGUCACCACCAUCAACAACAGCAAAAUACGUUUCAACUCCAAAAUAAUUUACCAACACAACAACAGGAUUUGUUACAGAAUACACAGCCUGUCGUUGGAUCUCAAUACCCAUCUUUUGGAAUAGACCAACCUUCUCAACAUCAGUUACGAGAUUCUGUUUCAGGUUUAGUGGGUUCAACAGCUUUUCCAUCUCAAUUACCACCUCAACCAUCAGGUCUAGCUUCUCCAAGAACAAUGGCGACACAACAUCUCAAUCAAAUCAUGUCAUCUAUAGCUGCCUCCUCCACUCUAUCAUCAGCACCUCAUCAUCAACAAUCGUCACCUUUAGUACUUCAUCCCUAUGCCAGUGCAGAAUAUAGAGAAGAAUGGAGAGAAAACGUUUUACAGUAUGCUCAUGGAUUAUAUGCCCAAUCACCACAAAAUCCAUUGUUGUUGACCGUUUUACACUCCUUACAUGACACAUUCCCACGUCAUUUACCCACACUACUAUUAUUGGCUUGUGUUUAUUAUACUCAUCAAGAUUACCAACAAUCCCUCCGGUUCAAUCAUUUGAUCCUGAAAUAUGAUCCAAAUUAUGUAGAAGCUAUGAGCAACAUUGGAACCACUUUGCGCAGUCUAGGUCGAAAGAGUGAAGCAGAACGUUGGUGGUAUCAGGCAGUGCAACUAAGGCCUGGAUAUUGGGACGCUGUAGAAAACCUUGUUGGUGUGUUAUGUUCUUCAUCAACUGAAAAGAUUGCUCCUCCACCAUCUGCUGCUGGAAUGGAAGAUCAUCCAAUGACAUCUCCUACAUUGGAUACAAAGAACACAAAUGACAUAUCUUCAACACCGACUGAAAAUGGAAAUACAGUACCUCCUAGAUACAAAGAAGCUUUAGCAGUAUGUGAAUACGUUGAACAACAUUUCUUCAAUAGUCGAUCUUCUACAACUUAUCAUCAACCUAUUCGAUUACCACCAGAAUUACCAGUUCAUCAACUACCUCGACUGCAAAACUUAUUCUAUGCUAAAGGGAACCUCAAGUAUGCUCUUGGUGAUGUAUUGGGAGCAAGAAUGGAAUAUGAAAAAGGACUGGAUCUUGUUUUUGAUGGUAUGAGUUGGGGUUCUGUGGUGCAACAUUUAGCAAUGGCAUGUAUGGGCAAAACAUCAAUGAAUCACAACAGUGACAGUAUAUCAGGUAUACCUUUGAUUUUACUUCAACCGGAUCAAGCUAUUCGUAUUACCCAAAUCGCAUUUUCAUCCACUGGUGGCGUUUUACCAGGCCUUGUACCAAACAAGUCAACAACAACCCAUUCCAACAAACAUGAAUCUCAUGGAUCUUCAACUGCAAACACUCAUCAUCAUCGCCGCCAUCAUCGAAAUACAAACACAAAUCAAGCAAGUUCUCCCAAUAUCACUCAACAAUCCAAUCAGACCACUUCUACUAUCAUGUUAACAUUAGCGAAAUUAUUUCAAGAUAUCAUGAAUCCAUCUACACCAGCAUUGGUAGCAGCAGCAGCAAAAUUAGCACAAAUUGAAACCAAAAGCAAUCAUGGUUAUCCAUAUUCACCUUCUUUAUCUCUCUUACUUCCUCUAUACUACCUCAGCUUAGCAUUACAUCCAAGUCCAUCCACAGCAAACAAUUUGGGUAUUAUUCUCAGCAAUUUACCUAGCACUAUGACUGCAACCGCCAUUCGAUUAUCAUCUCCUACAGCAGAAGCAGUCUCUAUGAUGAACAACAACAACAACAACAACAGCAAUCUGUCAACGUUACAACAACAGUUACCAGCUGCUCCACCUUUAUCAGGCACCAUGCUUGCUAUGCAAUAUUAUAUGUAUGGUCUUCAACUCGAUCCACGACACCCACAUCUUUAUACCAAUUUGGGCUCUCUGCUGAAAGACAUGGGUCAUUUGAAUGAAGCUGUGGCAAUGUAUGAAAAGGCUGUCGAAUAUAAUCCUAGGUUUGAUGUAGCUCUGGCCAAUUUGGGAAAUGCUAUCAAGGACAUGGGUCGUGUUCAAGAUUCAAUACAAUGGUAUCGAAGAGCUGUACAAGUUAAUCCUGACUUUGUAGAUGCAGUAUGUGGUUUGAUCAAUGCUUUGGGUGGUGUAUGUGAUUGGCGUGGACGUGGUUAUGUCUCUUUAUCGACCAAGAAAUUCGAUCAUUCAAAAAGCAAGACUGUACUACUUGGUGAUGGUGAAUUAGAAACUGGAAUGGUGGAUGAUUAUGGCCAAUGGAUCCCUUUACCUCAACAAAAACAACAACAACAACAUCAUCAUCACUAUGAUGGCAUACUAAUAGAAAACAAGAAUCAUGGAUGGAUGGGUCGAUUAGUAGAGAUUGUGAAUCAGCAAUUAAAUGAAGGAUCAAUGUGGGGUCAAGGUUUGAUCAAACAACAACAACAACAAUUAUUAUUAUUACAAGAAGACAAGAAGAAGAAUUGGCCUCGUAUAGUAUUGAAUGGAUUGAUUCAUCGCAUGAUCUCAUUAUUGACUGGCAAUGGUAAUGGUGGCACAAGUAUUUAUAAUGAACAGACUUCUUUAUGGUACCAACGGUUGACAUUCUAUGCACACAACAACAACAACAACAACAGUGAUGACAAGAAGGAUGGAAACUAUCAUCAUCGAAAUGAAGGUGGCUGGCUUAUCCGAUUGAUAGAACGUUUAACCAGACGCAUUCAAAGACAAUGGUACUUGGAUACUUUUGGUAUGACCAUUCAAGAAGAGCCUUCCUCAACAGCAUCAUUAUUAUUGACAAGACAUCAUAGAAUCACUCAAGUCACACCAGAUGAAAUGAAAAAGUAUGCAAGACCUUUACUUUCAUCCACCAAAGUAGAAAGUAGUAAUAUGUUACAAUCUCCACCUCCAGUGCCUACCGUGUUACCAUUUCACACGUUUACUUAUCCUUUGACACCUCGACAAGUACGAUUAAUAUCACAUCGCAAUGCACUUCGAAUCAGUCAUGCAACGUUAUCUUCUACUUCAUCCUCAUGGCUCCCUUCUCAUGUGUAUCCUCCACCACCACCACCCCAUCCUCGUCUCAAGAUUGGCUAUGUAUCCUCUGACUUUAACAAUCAUCCAUUGUCCCAUCUUAUGCAAUCUGUCUUUGGCUUCCAUGAUCGAACUCGUUACGAAGUAUACUGUUAUGCAACAACCCCAAGUGAUCAGUCUCCCUACCGUCACAAGAUCGAACGGGAAACAGAACAUUUUCUUGAUGUCACUCAGUGGUCUAAUCAGCAAAUAGUGGAUCGGAUUCUUUUUGAUGGUAUUCAUAUCUUGGUCAAUUUGAAUGGAUACACAAAAGGGGCUAGAAACGAAAUCUUUGCCGCUCGACCAUGUCCUGUUCAAUGUUCUUUUAUGGGUUUUGCCGGUACUUUGGGAGGUGGUUGGUGUGACUGGAUCAUUGCUGACCCUGUGGUAUGUCCUCCAUCUACUGUAUCCUGUGAUCAAUGGAGAAGAGAUCAACAAAGACAAACAAGCAAUAACACUAUUAUUGGAAGUUUAGGCGAUUUGGAAGGUGAUUUGGAUCCGGAAUCUUUACGAGAAGACUUUGUAUAUAUGGAAAAGUUUAUUUAUAUGCCUCAUUCAUAUUUUGUCAAUGAUCACAAACAAGGAUUCCGUGAAGAAGAAGAUGAAAAUGAAAAACAUGAAUAUGAUGAUGAUGAUACUGGUUCCAUGACAACACAACCUCAACAAAAGAAACUCAAACAAGAAUCCAAUGAUCUUACUCCUACAGUGAUGCUAGCCAACAUGACGGUUUCUUCUAACGACAGUGCUUUGUGGAAAAAGGAAGAACAAAAACGAUGGAAAAUGCGUAAAGAAGUGUUUCCCGAUCUUCCAGAAGAUGUAGUGAUCUUUGCCAACUUUAAUCAACUUUACAAACUCGACCCAUCUACAUUUCGAUUAUGGCUUCGUAUCUUGGCGCGUGUACCCAACAGUAUCCUAUGGCUCUUACGGUUUCCACCUGCAGGUGAACAACAUUUACGACGGUUUGCCACGGAUUGGGCAGGUCCUCAAGUCAGCAGUCGUGUGGUCUUUACCGAUGUGGCUCCCAAACAUAUUCAUAUCCAUCGUGGCCGGGUGGCCGAUGUGUUCCUCGAUACACCUGAAUGCAACGCUCAUACCACUGCUGCCGAUAUCCUCUGGUCGGGGACGCCCAUUGUGACAUGGCCAAAGUACGAACAUAAAAUGUGCUCACGUGUGGGUGCCAGUAUUGCUUACGCUACAGGCUAUGGUCAAGAAAUGGUGGUACAAGAUGAAGCUAGUUAUGAAGAAAAGGCGGUCUCAUGGGCACAAUCCAUCUCUUAUACGUAUGAUCCAAUGGUGCAAACAAAAAGUGGCCAAGGCGCUUUGAUGGACCUUCGACAACGUUUAUUCUUAUCUCGUGAAUCCAGUCGUUUGUUUGAUACCCAACGCUGGACCCGUAAUUUAGAAACUGGUUAUAACGAAGCUUGGCGUCGUUGGGUACUUGGUUAUGAAUUCGAAGAUUAUUUGCCUUCUCAAAGUACAACCAUGUCAGAACAAGAUCAAAUUCAAUUGGCUGCUUCUGGAUGUAUUUGGAUCUCGGAUCCUGAUGAUACCUAGUCAUAUACAAUCUUUUUUUAUUUUUUUUUUUUUUUGAAUAAAAAUGCAGCGC